AUGCAUACGUAAAGAAAAAAUAAACAAAAUGCUGCAAACUUUAAAGAAAUUAAGGUUGUCAACAUGGAGCUACAGACCUACUUGCAGCGUACGAUGGUACAGCGAUGACGAAAAACCGGAUAAAAAACAAAAACCGAGUGGUAAAGAACAACCAAAAGCAAAACCAAUUGAUAAUAAAGAAGCAAUAUCUAGGCUUAAUGCAUUACUUGAAAGCAUGCCUUCUACUGCUUCUAAGAGUAAAAUAGAAAUUCCUUUAGCACCAAAUAAGAAAAAGACUCCAUCAAAAGAGUCAAAAGAAUCUUUGAAGAAACAUAUCGAUGCACUGAGGGAUGUAAGUGAAAGGAUUGCUAAAAAGAUUGGUGGAAAUACAGAGAAAACAGAAGCAGAACUUUUAUCUCAACUCUUGGGACAAUCUAAUCUCAAAUAUGAGGGAAACUUAGUGAAUCUUAUUGCUGAUAUGAAAGUGGAGAGUGAACCGAUUAAGAAAAAAGAGCAAUGGAAAGAUCAAGAAUAUUCAUUAGCGGAAGGAGUUAGAAGAUCUUUAGGACAGCAGAACGAAAGAAGAUUCACAAGACGAAUUGAAUCAACACCUGGAGUUGUUAAUCUUUUUGGAGCUGAACCUAUGGGAUUAUUUGAAAAAGCAUCGGAAGAGAAAGAUCCACUUGAAACUUGGAGUAAACUUCAGCAACGCGAACUUAAACUUGCAGUGACGCAUCCUCCAAGAAAUUAUUUCGAAAAAAUGAUUUUGUGGACUGAACAAGGAAAACUCUGGAAAUUUCCAAUUGAUAAUGAACAAGGCAUGGAUGAAGAAUUUGCUACAGAUUUCUCAGAACAUGUUCUUUUAGAAAUGCAUUUAGAGGGUUGGUGUCCAACCAGUGGCCCUGUCAGACAAUUUAUGGAGUUGGUUUGUGUUGGCUUAAGUAAAAAUCAUUAUUUCACUGCCAAAGAAAAGAAAGAUCACAUUCUUUGGUAUAAAAAGUAUUUCGAAGAGAAGAAAGAUUUGCUGGAUGGAAACCGGAAGAUAUUUAACAUUGUUGCUUACACACCAGAUGCACAAUUUUCACAACAUAUCAUGCCUUUAAUGAAUUUGAUUCCUAGGGCACGUCAAUGUCAUCAACCGUAUGCUGAAAUCUUUACAAAUUUACAAGGCAAACCAUCAGAUGGUUGGUUUAAAGGAUUUAAACAGCGUCAUCCUAAAGUUUGCUUGCGAAAGCCAGAACUGGCAUAACUCGUUGAUCUACCCGCCUACUUGCAAUUUACAAUGCUACAGCGAUGAUGAAAAACCGACUAAUGUUUGGCAUUGUUGUUCAUGACGAAAUUCUUGUUUGUUAAACUGGUCGUUAGAAUAAACACAAAACAUUGAUUUAUAAUUUUUGUUGCAAUUUUUUAUUCGAUAUUUAAUAUUUUCAAUAAAAUUUAAUUAAAAGAAUUAGGUAUGAGUGGAAGAAAAAAGGAUCGUCAGUGUUUAAAAGUAAAGUCGAUGAACUAUGCAAUUUUAUAUUAAAAAAAUUAGCUUUAUCAAUUCCAUUUCUUAAAUGGAAAAAGUUCACACUUAAGUUACAACUUUUUUGAUUGCUUGCUUGCCAUCAACAAAGUUAAAGUAAACAAAAAAAGUUCUCCAAAUAAAAUGCGACAUUUAAUACUUAAUAACUAGAACAUAACAAAAUUAAUGCGUUCUUAACUAAAUAUAUUUAAAAUGCUAAAAAUUAUUGCAUGAUCAUGAAUCGUGAGAUUUAAAAAUGAUAAAAAUAGAAAAAAAAACUAAAUUUAAUUAACGUUCAUUAAGAAGAUUUUUUUUCGCGACAUUUGACAUUCUUAAUUGAAUUAAAACAAUAAAAUUCGCUUUUCUACUGUCUUUCGACAUAUCGGGCAGCCUUCAAUUUGAUCGCCGCAAUAUUGACAAACGCCAUGUCCACAUAGGAAAACCAUGUUCUUGAUUCGAUCAAAACAAACCGGACACAUCGUCUGUUCUUUAAUGUCUUGUAAUUGUUGUUGAAGUUUCUGCAUGUCAUCAAAUAAAUUCACGUUACUCUCCUGAUCGGCUUUCGUUAUUGUUGAUGUUGUUGGUGCGUUAUUAGACGCAAGAUUUGUUGAGUUAGUCGCUUGAUUGAGAUUCGAACUGUGCAUCAAAUUAUUGUUAUUGUUGCUGUUAUUAUUGUGGUUGUGCAUUCCACUCGUACUACUUAAAUUAUUGUAAGUUGAUUGCGCUGAUGAUGAUGACGAUGAAGUCGCUACAACACUGAAUUUGUUAUUGAUCGAAUUACAAUUGUUCAUGUUGAUGUUAUGUCCAUUGUGGUUAGUUCCUUGAAGUAUAUGAGCAUCUUUCUUAUGAUCAUCGAUACUUUGAACGACUUUUGCUAUCGUUCCUGUUGAUCCACAACAAACUUUGAAAGGAACCAUUUGAUCGAUUGCUGUUCGACAUUGAA